GUUUACAUCCGGUGUUAGUAUGCUAACGUGCUAACGCCGCCAUCCGGGCAGGCUGCGGAGCGGUAACGGCGCAGGAACCUCACGGUGACCGGCGGUGCGGGAUUCUGGAGGAGACCGCUGGAGCUCGUCUUUAUCACCGCUGGAAACUGGUCUGAUUGUUGUCCGCAUUUUAAACCGGAAACCCGCAGCGAUGUCUCCGCCUGCUGAUGCUAAUGCUAAUGCUAACGUGGGGCAGAAGGUUGUUCAGUACGAAAACUUCAUCAACGAAGUUCUGAAGAGAGACUUACAGAAGGUGUUGGAGCAGAGAGACGGCGUUUAUGAGAAGAUCUCUCAGUACCUGCAGCUGAAGAACACCGUCCAGAGCCUGCAGGAGGCGGAGUCUCAGCAGCUGAAGACGGACGUCGAUCUCGGCUGUAAUUUCUACGUUCAGGCCGAAGUCGACGACUCGUCCAGGAUCUUUGUCGCCGUCGGCUUCGGUUUCUUUGUAGAAAUGACGCACGACGAAGCUCUGCGGUUCAUCGACAAGAAGACGAGUCAGCUCACAGCCUUCACAGAGCAGCUCACCAAAGACUCCGCCAAAAUAAAAGCCAAUAUCCGCAUGGUGCUGGAGGGUCUGAGGGAGCUGCAGGGUCUGAGCGACCCGCCCGACGAAACAGGAAGAGACGUUUUCUAGACGUUCCAUGAAAUCAUCACAAUCGAGUCUCGCUUCUGGGAGUUACUUUGGAAGUUUAUUGAAUUUGCACAACAAGACGAAGAGUCAGAACUUCUGACACACGUCUGCUCAGAUUCAUUGUGACUUCCUGUUCCUGAUGAUGUCACUUCCUCUGGCGUCCAUCACAAUAAAGCUCCGUUCAGAAGACCAGAGGAUCCAUCUGAUUGGAGGUUCUCUGCGGCGUCGCGGUUUGUCUGAACAUCCUGAUGCUCUGCAGACAGAAGCUGCUCCCACAUCAGCUCUAGCGUCAAAUAAAUCAGAUCUAACGUCAAAUAAAUGAGAUCUAACGUCAGGCUGCAGCCGAAGCAGCGUCUCGUUAACGUCGUCAAUCUGCUGCUUUCUGCUUCUUCUCGUAGGUUUUGCUGUUCCUGUGUGUAUUUUGUAAAAACAUCAGAAAAGUAAUAAAAUAAACAUUUUAUUGCAACACAA